AUGGCUAGACUGGGUAAGCCGUCACAUGCAUCCAUUGACAUUUUUGACUUGGUGUGGGGUUGGUUGUUGCCAUUUGUCGCCCUAGGGGCAUUUUUUAUAAUGAUGGCUCAUACCCAGCAAAUGGCCCCCAGUUCUCCCCCACCCGUAGGAACUAGAUCCUACAAGACAACUGAGGAG